GAGGGCGGUGCCCUGGAGCCGCACCUGCCGGGUGGGAAGGCUCGGUCCGGCGUCACGCUCCCUGGGGCUGGUCCCGGGGUUGUUACCCCGGGAGACUCUGGGGCUCCUGGGCGGGGCCGGGCACAGCCCUGCACGCCCGAGGCUGGGGUGCACGGAGCUCGGCAGGUAGAGAGCGUCGUGGAGCCGCCACGCUGGAGUUGGAGCUGGAGUUCCGUGAGGCCGGAGGGCAGCGGCUCCUCCGGGCCGAUCCGGGGCCAGAGAAUGAGUCCGAAGCUGUGGCCUCCGGGCGGAAAAGCCGUGCCGAGAACGUGCUGCGCUGGUUCACCACCUUGGUGCUGUGUGCCGCCUUCCUGGGGCUGGGACUGAGUGUUGCUAUACUGGGACCCACCUUUCCAGAUUUGGCAAGAAAUGUGAACCGGAACAUCAGCAGCCUGUCUUUCAUCUUUGUGGGCCGGGCCUCUGGAUACUUAGGUGGCUCUAUGAUCGGAGGAGUUCUUUUUGGGUGCAUUAAUCACUUUUUACUUUUGGGGGUGUCCCUUUCUGCCACCACAGUUGGUCUUUAUCUUACUCCUUUCUGCAAGACAGCAGUCUUACUGGUUGUCAUGAUGUCUGUCUUUGGGAUUUCAAUGGGCAUUCUGGAUACAGGUGGGAAAGUCCUCAUCUUGGAUCUUUGGGGAGACAAAGGAGCCCCACACAUGCAGGCCUUGCACUUCAGCUUCGCCUUGGGUGCCUUCCUGGCUCCCCUGCUGGCUAAGUUGGCCUGGAGUACCUCAGAAUCCACUCAGAACCACACAGAGUCUGACUUUGACCUUCUAAUGCUGAACCGAUCCUCUGAAUCCAGUCCAGACUCUCUGUUUGCGGUACCCGAGGACAUGAAUCUGCUGUUGACUUACGCUUCCAUCGGCACCUAUGUCUUAGUAGUUUCUGUCUUUCUGUUUGGUCUGUUUUGUAAGAAACGCUCAAAGCAGGAAAAAGCCAUAAUAUCUGCCCAGGAAGCUCGAAGAGCCAAGUAUCACAGGGCCCUGCUCUGCCUUCUCUUCAUCUUCUUCUUCUUUUAUGUUGGAGCCGAGGUGACCUACGGCUCUUAUGUAUUCUCCUUAGCCACCACCCAUGUUGGCAUGAAAGAAAAUGAAGCAGCCGGCUUGAACUCCGUCUUCUGGGGGGCCUUCGCAGCCUGCAGGGGCCUGGCCAUCUUCUUUGCCACAUUCUUACAGCCUGGAACCAUGAUUGUGUUGUGCAACAUUGGCAGCCUUGCUUCAUCUUUGUUUCUGGUGCUUUUUGACAAGAGUCCUCUCUGCCUCUGGAUCGCGACUGCUGUGUAUGGAGCCUCGAUGGCAGCCACAUUUCCCAGUGGCAUUUCCUGGAUGGAGCAGUACACCACCUUAACUGGGAAGUCUGCAGCAUUCUUUGUAGUUGGUGCUGCUCUGGGGGAAAUGGCGAUUCCUGCAGUCAUCGGAAUUCUUCAGGGACACUACCCAGACCUGCCAGUGGUUCUGUACACGGGUCUGGGGUCAGCCAUCUUCACGGGAGUUCUUUUUCCCGUGAUGUAUAAACUAGCCACCUUACCCCUGGAACGCCAGCGCAAAGGAAGGAAGAGUGAAGACCAGAGAGCUUUGCUUUCCAGCUCUGAGCUCAAUGACUGUGACGAAGAGAAUGAAGAAGAAGAUGCAGAAAAAUGGAAUGAAAUGGAUUUUGAAGUGGUUGAAACGAGUGACCCAAUGCAGGAGCCUCUAAGGGACCCAUCUAGAGAGGUCCUGAUGGAGCCCACCCCUGAGGCUUCUGGUCAGUACCUCUCAGAUGGGUACUUUUCAGUCAACAGUAGCAGUUCUCUUGUGCGUCACCAGGACAAGAGGGACUGACAGAGAUGACUUACUGAACGGCUUCAUCGGCUUCAUCGCGUAACAACCACUCCUGAGGGCACCGCUCAGAGCAGGGCUUUGGCGAUGGAAGUUUGUGUGCGUUCACAGCAAGCGCUGAAAGAUUUGAAGUGCUUGCCGUAGGCGCCUCAAGAGCCCUCUGUACACCAUGGCUCUUGCCAGGAGACCGUUUCCUGGCCUCCACCACUCAGAAGUCAUUUCCGUGUGUAGAGCCGGGUAGCGGGCCAGUAGUUAGUUACACGGUAGGACAGUGGAGCUACUGGGCUGAGCAAACGAUCAUACCGGGGCUUUUGGAGAACGGUCACGGAAAGAGCCAAACUUUGGAAACAGAGAUAGUUUUCUCUAGGACAAAAUUCAGGAGGCUGUGAGAACACAGCAGGCCAUGGUUUCUAGAUCAAUAUCUAGCUUCCUCCCUGACUUCACGUUGAGCUUUGACACGAGUCUGGCAUUUUUUGGUCUCCUGUGAUUCUAGAAAUGCAAAUGAGAUUAUUUUGAAAUUUUAGGGUUUGGGUUUACUUUGUUUCUUGAGUCUUACUUUACAGUCCAGGCCGGCCUGGAAUUUACUAACUAGCCCAGGUCUCUGCCUCCUGAAUUUUGUCCUAGAGGCAUGGGUCACCAUGCACGGUGAUCUGCGUGAGCUUUAAAGUUGUGCAAUAUUUUUGCUAAAGUAGCCCAUUCAUUUCGGGUGGAAUGUGAAACCGCAAGGCUGGUCAGCCUCUGAACUCGCCAGGCUUGUGAAGGCACAGUUUAGCAAGCCCUUUGAUAGCUGCUGCAGCCACUGAUCGCCAACACGCUCCUUUCCAUCAGGCUGAAGGACCGGCACUUAAGAAUUCUAGUAAUUUCUGUUCUUGUUUCCCGUGCACUUAAAAACAUUUUUUCCCCAAUCACAGUAUCAUGUUCCAUGCAGUACAGCAUUUCAGAGAUUAUGGUAUUUUUGCUGACACUUUAAAAGAGAGAGGUUAUUUUUAUAUAUGAAUCUAUAUCGUGUUCAGAGAGGAUCUGGAGACAUUCUUUUAAUUUUAUGUAAUUAUUUUUUUCUUUUAGCUUUUACUUUUUUUCCAGUGCGGGUGACUGAACGAACACAGGGCCAUGCCCUUGCUAAGCAAGUGCUCCACCACUGAGCCAAGUUCCCUGUGUCUUAGGUUCAAUCAUAGAAACUAUUUUGGAGUUACUACAUUAGCAGAAGUGGUGUGCGUGGGUCCUUUGGUGCCCAUAGCCUCCCUCAGUAACAGAGCCUGGGGCUGGGCCUGGCUGUUUUAGGAUUUGACUCCCACUGGGUUGGGGUGUUAAUCACAUUUGUACUGUAAACCAGGUUAAAAAUUUAGUUUACAAAUGAGUCACUAUCUUCUUUGGUGACUGGAGAUCUUGUGUCCCCCUCUCCAGGACUACUCCUGGGGAUUGAAGUACCUGGAAACCAAAAUAAAGAUGAGAAGUAGGGUGAUGGCCUGGGGAGUCAGGGAUGAGGGACAGAACGGGCCAUCCUUUGGUGAAAGGCUUAUACUUCUCAGGUUUUAUGCGGAGUGACAAUGAAUAGCUGUCUGGCUGCAAUGUAUUUGUUAUCUUACCAGAUUUUAAGAACUUGCUCUUCUUUAAAAAAAAAAAAGUGCUUUGUUUUUUAUUAAGUGAAAUAUAACAACACCUUCUUGUAAAAAAAAAGAUUAAAUUUUUUUUUUCUGUGUGUGACUUUUGUGACGUCUA